AUGCUGAGAUCCUUGGCCCACCCUCCACAUCUCUUUCUCGCAGUUUUGUUGCAGCCGCAGGGAGACCACAUCGAGCUGCACCAGAAGCGCCAUGGCCGGCGCCUGGACCACGAGGAGCGCAAGCGCAAGCGCGAGGCGCGCGAGGUGCACAAGCGCUCACAGGAUGCUCGGAAGUUGCUUGGUGCUAAGGGCAAGAGGUUCGCCAAUAAACGCUAUGCUGAGAAGGCACAGAUGAAGAAGACCCUGAAAAUGCAUGAUGAAUCAACUUCACGGCAGAAGGUCGAUGAUGAUGUUCAAGAGGGUGCUCUUCCUCCGUAUCUACUGGAUCGUGAUCAGACACAGCGUGCCAAGGUUCUCAGCAACACAAUCAAGCAAAAGAGGAAGGAAAAGGCUGGCAAAUGGGAUGUUCCUCUGCCAAAGGUCAGACCUGUAGCUGAAGAAGAAAUGUUCAAGGUUCUACGAACUGGCAAGCGAAAAACCAAGCAGUGGAAGAGAAUGGUUACUAAAGCCACCUUUGUUGGAGCUGGAUUUACAAGGAAACCACCAAAGUAUGAACGAUUCAUUCGGCCAACUGGUCUGCGUUUCACCAAAGCUCAUGUGACUCAUCCAGAACUGAAGUGCACUUUCAACCUUGACAUAAUUUCUGUGAAGAAAAACCCGAAUGGUCCAAUGUACACUUCUCUUGGUGUUAUGACAAGGGGAACAAUCAUUGAGGUAAAUGUCAGCGAGCUUGGUCUGGUAACUCCCGCCGGAAAAGUUGUUUGGGGUGAGAAAUCUGCCAACUUUGUGCUCCUUUUGCCCAACCUACCUUGA